AUGCGCGUCGCUUCACUCGUCGGUGUCCUCGCCUCGGCGUCUUUCGCGCUCUGCUCUGGCCAGCAGCAGCCCCUCGGCGCAUCCACCCAAGCUCCCCUCUCGAGCGAUGCCCCCACGUACCGAUCGGAGCUUCUGAGCUUGCACAAGUCCCUGAUUGAGAUCUCGUCCAUUUCUGGAACUGAACACGAUGUCGGCGAGUGGCUCGAGUCUUAUCUUGCUGGAAAGGGCUACUCCACGUCGCGCCAAAAGAUCCGCCCUUUCGAAAACACGCCUGAGGGCAAGGAUCGGUUCAACGUGCUGGCAUGGCGACCGAGCGACGACUUUGAUCCCAAGGUGGCUAUAAGCAGCCACAUUGACGUCGUCCCGCCUCAUAUCCCGUACGGAAUCGAAGAGGGCGAGAUUACAAAGGAGACGAGAAUCUCUGGUCGGGGAAGCGUUGACGCCAAGGGCAGCGUCGCAGCACAGAUCACCGCUGUUGAGGAGCUAUUCAAGGCGGGCAAGGUUGACGCCAGCAAGCUGCUGCUUCUCUUUGUCGUCGGCGAGGAAAAGACCGGCGACGGCAUGCGAGGUUUCAGCGAUGCUCUUGCUAGCAAGGAGCUUCCCUACAACCUGGACGCUGUCAUCUUUGGAGAGCCCACCGAGAACAAGCUCGCAUGUGGACACAAGGGCGCUCUGUUCUGUGAUGUCACCACCAAGGGCUUCCCUGGACACAGCGGUUACCCAUGGCUCGGAAAGUCGGCCAACGAGCUCAUGAUCCGUGCAUUUGCCAAGAUCCUCGAUACGGACCUUGGUACCAGUGAAUUGUUUGGAAACACCACUGUCAACAUUGGUAGCUUCCACGGAGGUGUGGCAGCCAAUGUCAUUCCUGAGCAGGCCGUUGUUGGACUUGGUGUGCGAGUCGCCAGUGGAGAGCAAGAGGACGGACAUCAACUCGUCCAUGACAAGAUUCAGGCCAUCUUUGAUGAGAUUGACAAGGACGCCUUUACCUUUGACUGCAGCCACGGAUACGGUCCCGUCAAGGCCAACUGUGAUGUCGAGGGUACGUCUAUC